ACAUUUCAAAUGUUUUCAUUUAGAUCAAUCAGAAAAUUGUUGAUUCCAUUGAUAUCUGUUUUUGUGAUUGGAUUUAUAUAUCAAUACAAUUUCCCCAUUUACCUAAUUUCAUCUAAUUUUCUUAACUAUUAUCAACAAAAUGGUAAACAAUCAUCGUCAUAUCAGUUAUCUCAAGAUGCUAAAGGUGAACUGUUUCCAUCGGCUUCCAGUGAUUUAACAAUGAACCGGAUUAACAGAUCAAUUCCGUUAAUAUUUAUCGGUGGAAUGCCUCGUUCGGGUACAACUUUACUUCGUGUUAUUUUAGACGCUCAUCCAGAUAUACGAUGCGGUGAAGAGACUCGAGUUAUACCUCGUUUACUUGGUAUUCGUGGUCAAUGGAUGAAAUCACCUUAUGAAUCUCGUCGACUUAUCGAAGCUGGAAUAACAUCUGAAGUCUUAGAUUCUGCAAUCUCAGCAUUUAUCUUGGAAAUUGUUGGUAAACAUGGUCCACCCGCUAAACGAUUAUGUAAUAAAGAUCCGUUUACCCUUCGAUCAGCUGUUUAUCUUAAAAAAUUAUUCCCCAAUUCAAAGUUUAUCUUUAUGAUUCGUGAUGGUCGAGCUGUUGUCCAUUCAAUUAUUACCCGUAAAGUGACCAUAUCCGGAUUCGAUUUAAAUGAUUUCCGUCAAUGUAUGAAAAAGUGGAACGAUGCAAUGCAAUCAAUGGACUCUCAAUGUAACUCUUUGGGCCCAGUUAAUUGUUUACCUGUUCACUAUGAGAAAAUGGUUUUGGAACCUGAAUUAUGGUUGAAAAAGAUUCUCAGUUUUCUUGAUGUUCCUUGGAAUGAAUCGGUUCUUAAUCAUGAGAAGUUAAUUAAUCAACCUGGUGGUAUAUCGCUUUCCAAGUUGGAAAGAUCAACUGACCAAGUAAUUAAACCGAUUAAUGUUGAAGCUCUAAGUAAAUGGGUUGGACAUUUACCUGAAGAUGUUGUUCGAGAUAUGAGUUCGAUAGCACCGAUGUUAUCGGUUCUUGGUUAUGAUCCGAAAGGUAAUCCACCGAAUUAUGGUAAACCUGAUGAAUUUGUCGUGGAAAAAAUGAAACAUCUUAAAGAAAAUCGUAAACAAUGGGAGGAGAAAGAAAAUGAAUUGAAAAAAGUUCGAAAAUCAAUUCAAAAUGAUCUGAUUAAACAAAAAGAAUCAAUGAAAAUUGUAUCCAAGGAAAAUUUGGACAAUGAAGUUGAUCAAACUAUCGGUUAUCAAUUAACUAAAGAGCAAACAUAACAAUUAACAGAUGAUCUACUUAACCAAUCAAUGGAUCCAUAAUUAUAAGGUUAAUUAUUGAUUAUAAAAUGUUAAAAUCAAUAUUAAUCAAUCCCUAGUCAAAGUAUAUUGAACCAUCAAGAUUGGAAAAAAAAAUUUAA